AUUUCUUGCUGUUGGAUUACUUCUCUCCAGUCAGGGUGUGAAUGUGUUUGCAUCUUUGCAUCAGAGUGAAUGAAUGUAAAAAGUUUUGUGUGAAGUUUGAAUGUGAUUGAAAGUGCUUUUAGACAUGGAAACAUCCUUUGCUGUGAGCUCUCUUCUCCUGGCCCUGCUCCUCUCUCUCCAUCUGCAAUGCAACCUCCUUGUUGGGGCCGCAAUGGACUCCUGCUUUGAUGAGGAGGGCGCCCAGAGCCGUUGCAUGCCUAAGUUUGAGAACGUGGCCUUCAAUCGUACUGUGGUGGCAUCCAACGUGUGUGGCGUCCCACCUGAGGACUACUGCAUGCAGACCGGCUCCACGCGCUCAUGCCACCGCUGCGACGCCUCAGAUCCAGACCAGAGCCACAAUGCCAGCCUCCUGACAGACUUCCACAGGAAUGAGGAGCCCACAUGGUGGCAGAGCCAGUCCAUGUACUAUGGUAUCCAGCACCCCAGUUCUGUCAACAUCACCCUAAACCUGGGGAAGGCUUUUGAGAUAACCUAUAUACGAUUGAAAUUCUACACCAGUCGGCCGGAGAGCUUCGCCAUCUACAAGCGCACGGCAGAAGAUGGGCCCUGGUUGCCUUACCAGUUCUACAGCGCCUCUUGUGAGAAGACCUACGGGAAGGAUGCCAAUGCCUACAUUCGCCCAGGAGAUGAUGAGAGGACCGCGUUAUGUACGGAUGAGUUCAGUGACAUCUCUCCCCUCACUGGAGGAAACGUGGCCUUCUCCACCCUGGAGGGACGGCCCAGUGCAUACAACUUUGACCAAAGCUUGGUGUUGAAGGAAUGGGUGACAGCCACUGACCUGCUCAUCUCUUUGGACAGGCUUAACACCUUUGGAGACGAGUUCUUCAAGGACGCUAAAGUGUUGCGCUCGUACUUCUAUGCCAUCUCUGAUUUCUCUGUGGGCGGCAGAUGUAAGUGUAACGGUCACGCCAGCGAGUGCGUUGAGUUGGACCAGCGGGGCCUGGUGUGUUCUUGCCAACAUCACACGGUGGGAGACGACUGCCAGAGAUGUCACCCCUUCUACCAAGACAGACCCUGGGCCAGGGCCACUGGGGACUCUGCCAACGAGUGUCUGAAGUGUAACUGCAGUGGGAGGUCGGACGAGUGCGUGUUUGACAUGGAGCAGUACCGGAGCACUGGCAGCGGGGGUCGCUGUGUGAGCUGCAGAGACAACACUGAUGGGCCCCAUUGUGAGCGCUGCAGAGAGGACCACUACAGGAAUUCUGAUGAAGAGCCCUGCCUGCCAUGCAACUGCAAUAGUAAUGGUUCAGUGAGUCUGCAGUGUGAUGUAGAAGGAAGGUGUGCGUGUCGAGAUGGCGUGACAGGGGAGAAGUGUGACACAUGUCGGGCUGGCUUUCACUCGCUUGGCCCUGGCGGCUGCAGGCCGUGCGAGUGUGACCCCAGCGGCAGCGUGGACGUCUGCUCUCCUCUGGAUGGACGUUGCUACUGUAAGGCCAACGUGGAGGGGCACAGCUGUGACAGAUGCAAACCAGGCUCUUUCAACCUACAACAAGACAACCUAGCAGGAUGCCAGGCGUGUUUCUGCUUCGGACACUCUCUGGCCUGCUCCUCGUCCGAUCACCACGCCGCUGUCAGCAUCACUUCUGACUUCAUUGAAGAUCAGGACGGCUGGUUGGGAGAGUUCUCCGGAGGGCAGUUGUACCCCCUGCUGUGGAAGGAAGGUGAAGUCUACCUGCUUCCUCUUACCGAGGAAGACAUCGGCUUCUACAAAGCCCCCGAGAAAUUCCUGGGUCAUCAAGUCCUCAGCUACGGCCAGCUCCUCUCCAUCACCUUCACCUCCGAGACCGCCGAGCUGCUCCCCUACCACGUCACCUUGCUCCUCCAAGGCUCUGGAGUCACCCUAUCUGCCGACCUUUCACCCCAGCCGGUGCUUGACCAUGACCCCGGCCUCACAUCGCGGCGCUCCUUCGUUGUCAGGCUUCAUGAAAAUGAGGUGAGAUUCAAACCUCUGUUGUCUGCCUUUAAGUUCCAACAACUUCUUUACAACCUGACAGCUUUCAGAAUCAGCAACGCCGGAGGACAGAACUACACGUCGCAGCUCGCGGGGGUAACCCUGACCUCGGCUUUCAUCUCCUCCGGUCCAGCCGCCCCUCCCGCCCCGUGGGUGGAGUCUUGUUCCUGUCCCCCGGGGUUUGUAGGCCAGUUUUGCGAGCGCUGUGCCCCGGGAUUCACCCGGGAGGACUCCGGCAGAGGGCCUCUCUCAACAUGUGUGCCAUGCAACUGCCACCAGCAUGGAACAUGUCAUCCAGAGACGGGUGUGUGUGAGUGCUCUGACUUCACCACUGGGAUGACCUGCAAGCGCUGCCUGGAUGGUUACUAUGGCAACGCUUUGAUUGGCACGCCCGCUGAUUGUCAGCCUUGCCCUUGCCCAGGCCGUACCAGCUGUGCCGAAAUUGCAGAGAAAAGACAGGUGGUCUGUACCAACUGCCCUGCAGGACAGACAGGGAUGCGAUGUCAGAUGUGUGAAGAUGGUUACUAUGGUGACCCCCUGGGACAAUCUGGUGCAGUUCGACCGUGUACCAGAUGCGACUGCAAUGGCAACGUGGACUUCAACGCGUUGGGAAUAUGCGACCACAUGACUGGGCGAUGUCUGAAAUGCCUGAGACACACAGAGGGCGACCAGUGCCAACGCUGCCAGCGGGGUUUCUACGGCGACGCCCUGAACCAGACAGCUGGCCAGAAGUGCAAGCAGUGCAGCUGCCAUCAAGGCGGAACCUCUGGGCAUGUAAAUGAAUGCCAUCCUCAGUCUGGAGAUUGCCAGUGCCUUGGUCAUGUGACCGGACGGGACUGCAGUAAUUGUGAAGUUGGCUUCUUCAACCUCCAACCAGGCGUAGGAUGUGAGAGGUGCAAGUGUAACCCGAUUGGCUCAUCCUCCAUCGCGUGCCAUCCAAUCACAGGGCACUGCGUGUGUCGAGCAGGAGUGGACGGGAGGCUGUGUGAUUCUUGCCGUGCAGGCUUCUUUGGAUUCUCGUCACGAGGUUGCAGAGCCUGUAACUGUGACCCAAUGGGUUCCAUUUCAAUGCAGUGUCACGGUAAUGGUACCUGCCACUGCCGCCAGGGCUUUGUGGGUUAUAAGUGUGACAAAUGUGAGAUGAACUACUUCCACAACAGGGCCACACACCAGUGUGAGGAAUGCCCAGUUUGCUAUGGCCUUGUCAAGAAACAGGCAGAAAAGAUGAAGACUCGCCUGCAGGAUUUGGAGAAGCUGCUGGCUCACUUUGAUUGCAGAGGUAGAUUUGGGAAGCAGCAACACCUGCUGAAGUAUCACAUGGCCCGGCUUUAUGAGCAUGAGCACCAGAGGGAGGAUUCUCUACCCAACGCUCUGGAGGAUUUUCUGGCAUUCCAAGAAGCUCGGGAGGCCUUCAUAAAACAAUUUUCCUUGCUGGAAGCUUCCACAGGCACACUCUUAGCCCAGCUGCAUGGCAUUACAUCCACUUUGAACUGCAGCAUCAGCAUGACGGAGGAAGAGGGGAAGGAGAGGAGGAAGGAUGAAGGAAGCAAGGCUGUUUGUCAGACGUUCACAGAGACUACGUUCAUGGUCAGAGCGUCUCAGAAACAGCUAAAGCAGGCAACACUGGACCUGGACAACAUGAUCAUUCCUUUUGAGGUGGUGUCAGAACCCAACAAAUGGAACGUUUUGGUCAAUGACUCGCAGGCCCUAAUGAAAAGUCACAGAGAAACAGCGGACCACAUUGAGGCCAUAGCCAGCAAGGCGGCAAGAGCCUCAGAGCAGACCUUCGCUUUCCUGAUGGAUCUACUGCAGGACAACUCCACAGAGGAGUACAUCAGGAACCUAACGGAGCAAAUAACACAAAUGCAGCAGCAGAAGGUGAACCUGAGAGCACGGGUGAAUGAAACGGUAGCCAAACAGCUGGCCCUGGAGGAGGAAGCUGCUGGUUUAAAGCUUGCCCUGGGUAACAUCACAUCAUCCUUACAUCAGUUGGCUCUGACAGAUGCCAGCCCAUCACCCGAGCAUGACCAAACGCGGCUCAACCAAACACGUCCAACCAACCGUACAACAGAGGAUCUGCUAAAACAAAAAGAAGAGAUGGACCAGCAGAUUCAGACCAAAGACAAACUCAUCAGUAAGAUCACAGAGGAGAUGGAGCCUCUCAAACAGACUGCCAGUAAGAAACUGGAGGAGGCGUAUGACAUUAGGGAGCUGCAAGCUCACAUUCAGGGGGUAAAGGUCACGGCUUUGUCGUCCGUGGUGGCGGGGAAAGAGGUGGAAUCUGACGCCAUCGCCCUGCACAGAGAACUAGAUUACAUGGUGAGGGAGUGGCCCCGUCGGCAAAGCCAGACCAGAGCUGCUAUAAAGAAGGAAAGACCCCUGGAGGGAAAGGUUCUAGCUGAUGUCAGGAAAAAGGUCUCCCAGAUUGAGAAGAUGCUAAAACCUGUGCUGGAAAACUCCAGCCUCUCCCGCAACACCACAAAGGAGGCGGAACGGACAGCACAUGCUGUGGCAAAGGAAUCCAAAGCCAUUCUGACCCAGGCCAAGCAUACCAGGACUGCAUCCGCUCACCUUAGCUCCCAUAUAGACUCUGCUUUACAACAGCUGGCUAAGCAGGAGAUGCUAACUGACACAGUCAACUCCCAGAUCACCUCAGAGCCUGAGGUGUCCCUGACCAGCGUUAUGGAAGACAUGGAAGCAGCCAAGCUCCAGUUAAAGGCCUAUUCUGUUACACUAACCGAGCUAAUCAGCAAGAUUGAUGUGAACGUGCCGCUGGAGCGCUAUGACCGGAUCUUGGAUGAGACAGCGCGCCGCCUGAGCAUGCUUCGCGGGAGCGUCGAGAGCCCGACGCUGGGCUCCAAGAUCCAGAAGCUGCAAUCGGCCGCCAAGGAGCAGCACAGCAGGAUGUCCUUCAUUGAACAGGACUUACAGGAGAUCAGGGAGGAGAGAGACAGUCUCAGGGACAUCGCCUUAAACCUGCCUCGGUCCUGCCCCGAGGCCACAGGAGCAGGUAAAGGCUAGGUACUGUAGAUGACGGGCACUGGGUCAUGAUUAGACAGCUGAACAUCUUAGAAGUCUGAGGAUUUCGUUUAUAAAAAAGGGGCUAGGCAGUUUAUUUUUUUAUUCUGCUUCAAAAAUUGCAGUUAUAUCCUUAAAUUCUUCCCUUUUUUCAAGCUUCUGCACCAAGGAACAUUUUAUUUUACCACCUUGAUACACUGUCUCACACACACUCCCAUUCGAAGCCGUGGACUUCUCCACUGUCUCCCAUGAUUUAUACCCAAUCUUUUUUUUUUCCCCCUUAAUUUCCUUUUCCCUCUCAACAACAUCAGAACUUGAAUUUCAUCAUGAAUAAUAAAGCAGCCGUUUCUGAACUGCUAGAGUGCCCUGUCAAUUUUAAAAACAAUGCUGAUUUUCCUUUGUCGGGGUAAAAGGUGUGUCUGAGUGCUCCUCCAGACUGACACAUUCAUUUACACUUGAGCUCUCUUUCAUCAGCCUGGCUUAAUUAACAAUUAGUCCCCUUGGCCUCAUUGGGGUUCAGGUCAGGCUUCAAGAGCACAUAAACCUGUGUUUGGGAUUCUUACAGUGCCUACCUCUCUGUUUUUGUGGUGACUAUUAAAUGGUCAAUAUCCAUUGUCUUGGGGGUCACAGUCUUGGUCACACUGUCCGUCUUCUGAUGACCAAAAUGUAAAAGCUAAUUACCUUUGUAUUGUCAAUAUGACUCGUGGAGUGAUGGUUUACCAAAAUGAUGUAAGAUAGACAAUUUUCUGUUUUUAAUAAUGUUGAAUAUCUGAUCAGGAAUCAGAUUUAGACAAAUGGUGUCAUCCGUCCAGUUCAUGUUAUACAUCUACAUCUACUAAUAGUAAUUAUUUUGAUUAUGUAAGGCGUUCACAUAGAAAUCAGUACAAAAUAAAGUAUACUUGAAAGGGCCAUUUUGCAUAUUACAAUGUCUAUUAUUUUACUGGAUACUAUUGUACAACAGUGGUAUGCACAAUGGAAAUAAAAGAGCU